AUGUCGCAGCCACGCGCCGCCGCUGCGCGACACCUGAGCGCCGGGGUUACUGCCCCCCAACCCGAGCGCAGGCUGCGGCUGCUGUGCUGCCUGGCACUGGGACACUCACGCCCGCCCCGCCAGCUUCAAGUACAGAACAAGAAGGGAGCGCAUCCGAGAGCCCUGUCCCUGGCUAUCGGGCACCAGUACUCCUCCCUGGGCACACAGCCCAUCCUCUGUGCCAGCAUCCCUGGCCUAGUGCCCAAGCAGCUGCGCUUCUGCCGGAACUAUGUGGAGAUCAUGCCCAGUGUGGCGGAAGGUGUCAAGAUAGGCAUCCAGGAGUGCCAGCACCAGUUCCGUGGCCGCAGAUGGAACUGCACAACUGUCAACAAUAGCCUGGCCAUCUUUGGGCCCGUGCUGGACAAAGCCACUCGGGAGUCAGCCUUCGUCCAUGCCAUUGCCUCAGCUGGUGUGGCCUUUGCAGUAACCCGUUCCUGCGCCGAAGGCUCUGCUGCCAUCUGUGGCUGCAGUGGCCGUCACCAGGGCUCACCGGGUGAGGGCUGGAAGUGGGGCGGCUGCAGUGAAGACAUCGAGUUUGGUGGGAUGGUGUCUCGGGAGUUCGCGGAUGCGAGGGAGAACCGACCUGAUGCCCGCUCAGCCAUGAACCGCCACAACAAUGAGGCUGGGCGCCAGGCCAUCGCCAGCCACAUGCACCUCAAGUGCAAGUGCCACGGGUUGUCGGGCAGCUGCGAGGUGAAGACCUGCUGGUGGUCGCAGCCCGACUUCCGCACCAUUGGUGACUUCCUCAAGGACAAGUACGACAGCGCCUCGGAAAUGGUGGUGGAGAAGCACCGUGAGUCCCGCGGCUGGGUGGAGACCCUACGGCCGCGCUACAACUAUUUCAAGGUGCCCACGGAACGCGACCUGGUCUACUACGAGACUUCACCUAACUUCUGCGAGCCCAACCCCGAAACGGGUUCCUUUGGCACCCGCGACCGCACGUGCAACGUGAGCUCCCAUGGCAUUGACGGCUGCGACCUGCUCUGCUGCGGCCGUGGCCACAAUACGCGCACGGAAAGGCGCAAGGAGAAGUGCCACUGCGUCUUCCACUGGUGCUGCUACGUCAGCUGCCAGGAGUGCGCACGCGUCUACGACGUGCACACCUGCAAGUAG